ACAGUCCGGAUAGUGUUCUCGAGCGUCUACACUCGAGAGAAAAAACUGUUUUGAUUUAGUCUCCUGAAAAAACGAAGCACAACUUUUUGAAGCACAGCUUCUGUCUUAUCGCGACCCGAACGUUGAGGCCGCUACCACAUGAACCCGGGCUUCAGUAUCUCCUCGGCGGUGACCGCCUCCAUGUUUUUGGUUCUGUUCAGGUCCGUAGGAGGAUGUCUCAGACGGUCAUACCCGUGACGUCUUCAACCCUCGUCAUCCAGCUGCAGCCGACGACGCACACCACCGCUGUCCCGCCGCUCCCCGCCGCUCCUGCUGCUCCUCUUCAGGGCCUUCAGGCGUUUCUGAAAGGACAACCCAAAGCCCUCGGGACGGUCCAGGUAAUGAUCGGCGUGAUGACUCUUCUGUUUGGCAUCGUGUCUUCAGUUCACGCAGAACCCAUCUUUAUCUACAGUGGUCUUUCGUACUGGGGAUCUCUCAUCUACAUCAGCGCGGGUUCACUCUGCAUCGCCGCCGAAAACAAAAUGAAUUCCCGCUCUGGUUUGUGUUUGGUGAGGGCUUCCCUUGGAAUGAACAUCUUCAGCGCUAUAACCGCCGGCAUUGCCAUCAUUUUACUUUUAAUAGAUUUGGUUAUAGCAGCGUUGAAUUACUGCGGUGAUUUUGACUGUUAUUUGAACAUCAAGUAUGAGACUCUCUUAAAGGGAAUCAGAGGUGUGUUGCUGAUAUUCUCCGUGCUUGAGUUCAUCAUCUCCAUCUGUCUGUCAGCGUUCGCCUGUAAAGCCGACGCCUGCUGCUGUCCUCCUCAGGUGCAGUUUGCUCAGGUUUUACCUCCACAGUCGUCUGAUGUGGUUCGUUUCCAGGAUCUGAACAGAUCAGAGAUACCCGUGACCAGCAGCUCUUUCAUUCAUCAACAUCCUGCAGACGUUCCUCCUCAAUACACUGAAAGCAAAUAUGAAUAAGUGUUCCCUCAAAAAAAAUAAGGGAACGUACAGGACAUGUUCAAAAAAUACAUUUCCUUACAUGAGAAACUAUACUGAAGUAUAUUCAUGGACCAAGUAUGAAUAUAAUUUGAGAAAUUUAAAAGUACAUGUCAAACCUGCAGUACAUUUUUACAAGAAACAGCUAAAAAUGUAAAAACUAAAUUUCUCCUUGUUUUAUAUAGCUGAAAACAUUCAUAAACAUUUCUAUCACUUUGUAAUAUAUCACUAUAAUAUACAUAUAUAUUUUUCUAGGCUGUGUUUGUGUGUAUACACUUCAAACUAUCAUACUGUAUCAAAUCUACAUAUUAUAAAUACAUUAAGUAAAUAUAUAUUUGCUCGUCCUGCUCUGAUAUACAUUAAAGGGAUAGUUCACCCAAAAA